UGUCGAUUGGAAACACUGGAAAUUUGAUGAGGCUGCUAACGCGCUAAUAAAACACUGUGCUGAUUUUGUAUUUUCUUUUAAAACAAAACUGUGAAAAUAUUAAUUAAAAUAAUCGAAAAAGUGAGAAAACAAUGGCCUUAAAUACACCGAAACGUAUUCGGACUUUAGUUAGCCUGGCUAGUAGUCCACCAAACAGUGAAUACGGUUCUCCUCCGUGGCAUACAAUAAACAGUCCAAGUUCAACAUGCGGAUCGCCAGAAUUUGUUGUAAAUCAACAAGUUGAGAAAAAUGAAAACCGAAGAGGUAGGCCUCGGUCCGAAGCCCUAACAACUCUAAUGAUCGAAGGUUCAUCGAGUCCAUCGUCAAUAAAGUGUGGCUAUUGUAACCGGGUAUUUCCACGGGAGAAAAGCCUACAGGCUCAUUUACGAACUCAUACUGGCGAACGUCCACAUCCAUGUGACUAUCCAGGCUGCACACGCGCAUUUACACAGAGCGGUCAAUUGAAAACGCAUCAACGUCUACACACCGGUGAACGGCCGUUUGUCUGUUCCGUUCCGAAUUGUCAGCAGCGAUUUACCCACGCCAACCGUCACUGUCCCGAUCAUCCCUACGAUCAACUAAAGCGGUGCGACGAUUUCGUUAUCCAAGCGGUGUCCGAACAGAACAGCGAAGUCAUCAAGUGGCUCGAGAAAUAUCGAAUGGAAAAGGAGGAACGUACACCAACCAGAAAGACACCGAAACGGUCAAAAGAACUGCAACGUGAUAACAAUGAAAACAGUGAAUGUCCGACCACACCAAGUAAUCCGUUCAAAAGCCGCAAAGGUCUAAUGGUCGAAUUGGAUAUGAACGCUGGCUUGUCCAGUCCAAUUACAACGAAAAUAAAAGCAACACCGAAAGUGAUUCAAUACAACGAUUUGCAGCUGCGUGACGAGGAUUCGGCAGAUGAGGAAGAAGGAGCAGCACCAGCGUCGUCGACUUUUAAUCCGAAGAAACGGUGGAUACGUGAGGCUUGGCAUGACGAUCUGGCUAAACCGUUAGAAACGACCACACACACUCAGGGAAAGCAAGUGAAUCCGAAUGAAAUGCGACCGACAGUCUUGAUGGUUGCCAGCAAGGACAGAACGAUGCCUUUAAUAGAUGUAGGAUCGGCGGUUGCUGAUAUUUCAAAAAAUUUAGUUACGCCUCACCACCAUACUCACGAAUAUGUUGAACCUCAUCCGAACGUAGCAUUUACGAAUUAUUGCCAGCCCAGCUACGAAUCACCUGCGGGAAAUCGUAAAUGGAUGGGCGCGUUGGCUUUGAUGCAGCUGGCAAGUGAUGAAGAUAAGAAUGACCGACAGGCGAUACAGGACUAUUACGCGUAUCAAUCGCCAGACCGAUACACUCACCUGUAAUAUUUGGAUGAAAGCCUGCUCGGUUCGGAUGGUGGGUGUUAAUUCAGGGUAAUUUUUAGAUUAUGUUUCCUAUCAUUCAUAACGUGAUUAAGUUUAAAAAUGUUUUGGCUAGUGCGAUUGUAUAUAAGUUAUACGCGAUAUAGGAGUUACUGUAAUGCAAGCUUCGCCGAUCGUAAAUGAUUCGAAUAUCUUUGAUUCGCUCACGGUUUACUAACACAGCGUUAAUCUUAAAUCUUGGUGAGCAAUUUUUACAAAAAAAAAAGUUUUUGUGAUCCCAUGUAAAGAUGCCACCAUUCUUGCUAGCUUUUGUACGAAUAACUACGUUACACAGCCGACAAAAUUAUCAGAAAUUUUUUUUCUAAUUCGAUGUGUCCUCUGUAACCCACAAAUGUUAUCCUUUUCAUUUACAUUGGUCUGAAAAUGGUGAAUGUGCGCGCGCUCAUCUAAAUGCUUCCGAAUCUAAAAAAAUAAAGUGUCUAACGUAGUUUCGUUAGCUGUAGUGAGAUCGUUGACACAGCGCUCGUGUUCCUUAACUUUUCCAUUGUUUAUCCACAUCCAUACACAACACUUCAGGACUUCAUGGCAUUUCCAAUUCCUCGAUUAAUUUCAAGUACAUUUUUCUGGAAAACAGUGAACAUUUUGAGGAAAAGCGAGAAAAUUCAAGAAAAAUUGGGAAAACGUCUUUCCAAAAAUAGUCACUGGUUUGAAGAGAAAGUUCAAAUAGCUGCCAAAGGCCUUUGAAAAGCCUUCAUUUUUUGUUAGGAUAUUUUAUUCGCAAGGAAGAUGCAUGCCAGGACUGGCCCCAAGGUCAUUCGGUCAAUGCUCAAAGUGCUUUUUAUUUUUUGUAUGGAUUAAGGGCAAUGAAGAGCUCUUUACAAAUUUCCCCCAUACCAAGCCCGAAGGGUUUUUUCGAGCCUGAAGAUGGUUAAGCAAAUACAAAAAAGGAUGCUCAAUACUUCGAAAAGGCGAUGCAUCGGUGAAGAAUUCGUUAAUGCCAAAUUGAUUUUUUUUCCUGUGAUCAGGCUUUCAGUGAAAAUUUUUGGCCCAGAAAAAGUUUUUGUGAAUUGAAACAAAAAUGAGCUACGACUGGAUUAUAUAUUCUUCCCAUGUGAUACUAUUGAAACCAAAAUAUUGA